AAAUUUGAAAGGAAAAAUACGACAAGCAAUUCUGAAUUGCUCAAGUACCUCCAGUUUUUGAAUGAGACAUUGAAGUCCACAUUGAAUAAAAGAAACGAUGACCUUGCUGAGCUAAAAAGCACUGUAAAAAGGGUAACGCUAUCUGUUGAAAACCUUCACUCUACUAUGAAGGAUGUGAGGGCCGCAGUGAAUGGAACAAAGAACGACCUUGCCAAACUGAAGAGAACUGUAACAACGCUGGAACUCUUCAAUUCGUCCUUAAAUCAGGUGAACUCUAAGUUGACCCGAACAAGCAAUGAUAUCUCCAAACUUUACAGCACUGUGACUAAGCUGGAAAAUUACAACUCAUCCCUUAACGAGGUGAAAUCCAAGUUGGAUAGAUCACGAAUUGAUCUAUCAGAGCUUAACAGCACCGUAACCAAGGUAAAGUCUACAUUAGACAGAAGAAGUAAGGAUGUAACAGACCUGAAAAGUACUGUGACGAAGGUGAAGUCUAAGUCAGAUAGAACCAGCGAUGAUGUCUCGGUACUCAACUGUACAGUGACAAAGCUGGACAAAGCUAUUCAAAGUAACUUAAGCGAGUCUUGCCAGAAUGUGACCUGGAACUCAGCGUUCGAGGACUGCAAAUUGAAAUGCUGCUGUGCAGCCAAUUCUUGCGAAGAAACUCCCCCAGCCGCUGAAAGUUGUAAGGAGCUGUACAACACAAAUGGAUCUGAUGUCAACAAGGCUUAUCGUCUGAAGCUGGGGAAAAAGAUCCUUCCAGUUUACUGUCACAUGACAACACUUGAUGGAUGUGGGGGUGGUGGUUGGACCCUGGUGAUGAAGAUGGAUGGUUCAAAGGACACCUUUCAUUACAAUAAGUUAAUUUGGACCAACACGCUAGGAUACAACCCUUCUGCUGGCUCGAUUGGGUUUGACGGGAAUGAGACAAUGUUACCAACAUACUGGGAAACGAAAUUCAGCAGGAUCUGUCUCGGUAUGAAAAGCGGCAAAAAAGUCAACUUCAUCGCCAUCAACAGGCCAGCUUCCUCCCUGUAUUCUCUGAUCGCUGAUGGGAAAUACCGCCAUACCUCACUAGGCAGAGACAAAUGGAAGUCACUGCUUCCUUCAAAUGCGUCACUACAAUCAAACUGCAACUGGGAAGGAUUUAACGCAAUGUGUGCAGGUUCUGGCGCCAUACAACCCAGGGCUCGAAUCGGUAUCCUUGCUAACGAACAGUAUCACUGCAACAGCUGUGAUUCCAGGAUCGGUUUUGGUACUGGAGGUCAUCCUGACUACUCGAACUCGUGUGGAAAUGUGGCAGUGCACCAAUGGGGAGCCGAUAAUGGGGAUAAAAACAUCAAAACUAUGGGCUACAUUCUUGUUCAAUAAUGAAGAAGUAAUAGUCCCUAUUUGGCUCCAGAAGGAGCGAACAGUUUUUUAUCAAAAGCAAAGCCUAAGAAAGACUGUGAUUCUUAAGUAAUGUCUAAGAAUAAAUUAAUGAGCAAAUGUUUUGUCUUGAA